AUGGCGAUCAGGCGCAUGCAUUUUGCGGGAAUCGUUCACGGUGACCUUACGACGUCAAACAUCUUAUUCCGUGUGGCGAAGCCUGUUGUCGAUUGGACAGAUGAUGAGGUCCACCAAGCUCGUGGAAUCGAAAAGCUUUCCCGGUUGGCAGAUUUAUCGAUUCUCCAAGAAUGUGUUACGAUCAUCGACUUCGGCCAAUCCUACUUCACCCGCAAUCCCCCAAAGGACUAUGAACCCGCCACAACGAUGCAUUACCAGUCGCCGGAGAUGCGCUUUGAUGGGCGUAUAGGCAUCGAGGCUAAUAUUUGGUUGCUCGGAUGCGCUAUCUUCGAAAUCCGAGCGGGAUAUCCUCUCUUUGAAGCGCUCUUCGGAAACGCCAACGAUAUACUGAGGCAAAUUGCCCAAACCCUUGGACGGUUACCAUAUCCUUGGUGGGCCGCCUUUCGGAAUGGGGCUCGCUGGUUCGACAACGAUGGUGAACCAAAGGACAUGUUGGUACAAAAGCAGGCGGGGGUCUCGAUACCGGCUCGCAAAACUCCGAUUGUAGCGAAGGUGCGCUCCAUAGGCGACGUCGAUCAACAGCCGUCCGUGUACGACGGCGCGAUGCUAGAGAUGUCCGGGGUCAGGCUGUCGGAGGAGGAAGUAGCAUUGCUCUCUGAUCUGUUGGAGAGGAUGUCGAAGUAUCGACCAGAGGAAAGGGCUACCAUAGAGGAAGUCGUCCACCACAGGUGGUUCAACCUCUGA